AGCGAGCGCACAUCUGCACUUCAGAGCGAGGCGUGGUCAGCCAGAGCUAACAGGUGGGCCGGUGCGUACAGCUGCAGUCACACUUCAUCCGCAGGAUACCUACCGUGUUUUUACAUUAACACACACACACCCACAGCUGCAACAAAAUGCCAAAGUGCCCAAAGUGCCAGAAGGAGGUCUACUUCGCCGAGAGGGUGACGUCACUGGGGAAGGACUGGCACAGGCCCUGUCUGAAGUGUGAGAAGUGCAACAAGACGCUGUCAGCAGGCUCACAUGCGGAGCAUGAAGGCAAGCCAUACUGUCACAACCCCUGCUACGGUGCAAUGUUUGGACCUAAAGGAUUUGGACGCGGUGGAACCGAGAGCCACACAUUUGCUAAAUAGAAAGGUAGUGAGCGCACAGUCUUUCACCAGGUUCAAGGCCCCGCAGUAAAAAUGUUGCCUGGAAACUAGUUUGAAAGAAAAAGCCAGCAUGCUCGAAAGUCCCAAUAAAAACCAGCAAACAAACUGUAAUCUGAUUCAGAAGAAACAUUUUGUGUGAUUGAUUUAUUCUGGGUUUUCUGAAGAGGAUUGUGUAUUCCUCUAAUCUCAUCCUGUUAUUAAUGUGGACAUUCUGAUUAAACACUUUUUAAAUUUG